AUGGUGGCUGGGGCAAGUGGAGGAGGCCAGUGGGCGGCACUCCGCAAGGGCCGGGCGGUGGCUGCAAGAGUCGGCAGGUGGCCAGAGCGCCGGCGGCAGGGGCCAGGGAGCUGUGGUGGCGGCAGGGGCCAGAAAGCUACGGCGGCUGGGGUUGCAGCGGUGGUGGGGGGGGCCACAGGCAGGAAGGCCAACGGUGAGGGCCGGCAGGGCCGCAGGGAGGUGGAGGCCGGGAAGCAAGGUCGUCGGAAGGCGGGGCCGUCAGAAAGCAAGGGCCGGAGGACGCCCAAUGGGCCCGCUCUGUCAUUGGUGGUGGGGGCCUGCAUGAUGGCAGGGGGUCCCACGGUGUGGAUCCACCUAACUGCAGAGAAGGUGUUGGAACAGGUUAGGAGAGAACCUCGUUGUGGUUUCCAAGAGACUAGGAUAAAGAUGCCUCCUCCAAAUGUUGCUCAAAAGUAUCCACACUCAAGUCAAAUUGUGAUGAAUGAUCAUGUGGAGAAUGAACAAGAGGAUCCAAAAGUUCCUAAGCGAUAA